CAUCAUCUCGUCGUUCAGGGAAACUGUGCGAUUUCAUCGGCGUCUGUUUGAUGCACAUGGCAUGCCCAUUCAGGUCCCGAUAACGACGAAUUUCGAAAAAGCUUCACCCGCGACCGUGCUAUAAAAGCUGUUCGAAGCGAGUCGCCGUUGCCUUCGGCCAAGCUCAAACCCUCACUGACAUCAACGGCAGAUUGAGUAAUUGACAACGCUCGCCUGAGGACGUUGACUGCAAUAUAUAGUCCUACUUCCAUAUCUGACCCUUCUUUGGAAAAGACAUCCCCCUCUCUCCAGGCCAAAAAACAGAAGCGCUGGAGCCAGCAGCAGCAUUCAAACUGCCUCGAGGGCGUCGCCGUUGCCGAUACCGUCACUUCAGCGCUCAUACUACCGCAUAGCGCCUUUGCACUGCGCAUGAACUCACAGUGCGGCGUUGUUCCCGCUUUCAUGCCGACCAUGACGUCCGCGGGCGAUACCGAGGGCUCGUCCACAGCAGAGAGAGCGUCCAGCGGUAGCAGCACCGACAGCAACCUCAGCAUGCAUUCUUUGACCGGCGUCACGAUUCUGGCCAACGACGAUGGCAUCACACACCCUGGGCCGUCGAACUCCACGAGAGUUCACGAUGAGGUCAAUGCAGCAGCUGCUGCAGCACCUCGCACGGAUGCGAAUGACGUAGCGCACAACAACGCUUCCGCAUCAGCACAAGCACAAGCAUCUAACAGCAACAACACUUCGUCUUCGAAUCGCAAGGAAGCGCCAUCGAGUCCGCAAGCGCAGCCCGCACCGCCCCCUCAAUUGACAGUCGAUCCAAAUGCUGGCCUAAUCAUCGUUUCCAAUCGUCUGCCGGUGACGAUCAAGGCGGAUCCGAAAGCGCCGGGCGGCUACACAUUCAGCCUGUCCUCCGGCGGCUUGGUCAGUGCGUUGAGCGGCUGCAAGAAACAACUCAGCUUCACUUGGAUCGGGUGGCCAGGCCUGAGCGUCAACUCGCGUGAAGACGAAGAGUACAUUGAGCGCCGCCUGAAGGACGAGUAUAGCUGCACGCCCGUGUGGCUAAGCGACGAGAUCGCCGAUCGGCAUUACAACGGCUUCAGUAACUCUAUCCUCUGGCCUCUCUUCCAUUACCACCCGGGAGAGAUGAGUUUCGACGAGCUCAACUGGCUGGCAUAUCGCGAGGCAAACCUCAUGUUUGCGGAAAAAGUACGCAGCGUCGUCAAGGAGGGCGACAUGGUCUGGGUGCAGGACUACCACCUGAUGCUGCUGCCGCUGAUGCUGCGCACACUCGUCGAGGGAAGUGGACUCCAAGGCCGCACGAGUCAGCGUGAGCUGGAGCAUGUCCGCCGCGGCGUCGACGGGACCAGCAGGCUGGAGAAGAGCGAGGCGCUCGCUGCCCCCGACGGGAGCGUGUACAGCACGUGCCCGAACAUCAGCCGCGCUGCUAGCGCAGGCAGGCGCAGCAGCAGCCGCUCGAGACCUACUUCGACAAUUUAUGCUAGGGGUCAUGUGACAACGGAGGAGGAGGGUGCAGACGAAAGAUUCACAGCAAGAGAACCCGCCGCACAGACACAAACAGAGGCCGAGGCACCAGGGUGGAGGGAGACAAGUGCCGAAAUAGGACCAGGGGUCGAUACAGAGGCCCACGACCAGCAUCGAACGCGCGAAGCAGAGGAAUUUUAUCAGCGCAGUGCGAGAGAUGAAGUGCGGAGAGGAGAAGGAAGGGGCACAAGCGAUGGUGCCAGCGCUCGAGGCAGCAUCAAGAUUGGCUUCUUUUUGCAUACACCAUUUCCUAGCAGUGAGAUCUACCGGAUCCUGCCGGUCCGUCGCGAGAUCCUUCUGGGUAUCCUGCACUCGGAUCUGAUCGGCUUCCACACGUACGACUACGCGCGCCAUUUUCUCUCCUCCUGCACGCGUAUCCUCGGUCUACCGACGAUGCCGAACGGUGCCGAAUUCGAGGGCCGCUACGUGCACGUCGGCGCGUACCCGAUCGGCAUCGAGCCUAGCCAGUUUCAUGAAGGCCUGGCGAAGGCAUCGGUUAAGGAACGCAUCGCCGUGCUCAAGAGGCGCUUCGAAGGCGUAAAGAUCAUCGUCGGCGUCGAUCGGCUUGACUACAUCAAGGGUGUGCCGCAAAAGCUGCUUGGGCUGGAAACGUUCUUGCAGGAGCAUCCCGAAUGGGUCGGCAAGGUUGUCUUAAUUCAAGUGGCAGUGCCGUCACGACAAGACGUAGAAGAGUACCAGAAUCUCCGCGCAAGCGUUAACGAGACAGUCGGACGCCUGAAUGGGCAUUUUGGCACGGUCGAGAGCAUGCCGAUCCAUUUUUUGCACCGCUCCGUCUCGUUCGACGAGCUCUGCGCUCUGUACGCCGUCGGCGACGCUUGCCUCGUCACCAGUACCCGCGACGGCAUGAAUCUGGUGUCUUACGAGUACAUCGCAAGUCAGAAUGCAGGCAAAGGCGUGAUGAUUCUCUCCGAGUUUGCAGGUGCCGCCCAGUCGCUCAACGGCUCGCUAAUCAUCAACCCAUGGGACAAGUUCGCCGUUGCUGACGCGAUCCACGAGGCGCUCACAAUGCCGCUAGAGCUGCGCACGUCCAACUUUGAAAAGCUUCGGCGGUACGUCAACAAGCAUACCAGCGCCUGGUGGGGGAUCAGCUUUGUGAACGACCUCGGGCGUAUCCAAGUCUCCAAGCUCAGAAGUGAAAGCCCCGUCGGCGUCCGCAGGCACAGUUCCAUCAGCAUGCUUCAAGUUUGAAGCAACCGGCGCUGCGGUGUCAACCUCAUUCGACGGACCUCAACAGUAGGAGUUUGGCUCUGCGACAAAGACUACCAGUCCAUCCAUAGCAGGCCUUAUGCCCAACGUGCAUGUGUACAAAACUUUGUCAUCUAUCUAGAGUGACGUAUGUCAUUUGGAA